AUGUUUGCCAAUUUCAGUCUAGAUAAAUUGACUACUUCGAUCAGUACAGCUGCUCAACAAGUUGAAGAAUCCCUAAAGAAUAAUUCUUAUUUACCUAGUGAAGUCUCUAAUAAUUUAACCUUUAAGAAAACAAGUAGAUUCUUUCAAGAGAAAGUUGGAACUAUUUCAGAACAAGAAAUUUCAAAAUUACCUGAAAGUUAUACUAGUUUAGAAAAAAAAACUGAUCAAUUAGUUAAAAUAUUAAAGAGAAUCAUUAUUGUAACAAAGACUUAUGAAAUUGAUGGGUACGAUUAUCCACCAAAUUUAACUGAAAGUCUAAAUGAUUGGUGGUCAUCUCAACAACAACAACAAACUUCAGAAAAACAAGAUCUUCAAUUUAGUAAAUCAUUUGCCUCUGCAAUUUCUAAAUCUGCUUAUGAAUCUGAAGAAUUAUUAAAAAGUUUACGUAAAUCGAAGACCGUGACUAAGAAAUCAAAUGAUAAUAAUGAAGACGAAACUGAGGAGACUGCAGAUGAAGUUGAAGAAGAAGAAGAAGAUGACGAAAUUAAUAAUUUGAUUGAAAUAUUCAAUUCUUGGUGUAAAUGUUUCCAAGAAAUUGAUAAAAAUAAGAUUAAUAUGGAUUCUAUUAUGAUUAAAGAAUUUAACGUUAAUUUAGAAAAAAUGAUACAAGUUGAUUAUAAGAAUGUUAUGACUUUACGUAAUAAAGUUAAUGAUUCUAGAUUAGAAUUUGAUACCAUUCGUCACGAUAUUAAAACAAAGGAAGCUUCUGCUUCCGCUGCUGCAGAACAACAAGCAACUACCAAAACAUCAUCUUCAGAUGAAACCCAGAAAGAGCAAGAAGACUCAAAGAAGGAACCAACAGAAUCAAAGAAAGAAUCAGAUAAAACAGCUGAAGAAGAGGAUCCAACUGAAAGUGAAGAUUAUAAAUUGUUAGAAAAACUUGAAGAUGAAUUUGUUAGUAAUACUACAGAAGCAGCCGAAGGUAUGAUGGAAUUUACCAAUAAUGCAGAAAUUAUUAAAUUAAUUAAAUUAUUUCAAAAAACUCAAUUAGAUUAUUAUAAGAAAUGCACAGAAGAACUUGAAAAGAAUAUGAAACUCUUGGAUGAAUUUGAUAUUGCUGACUCAAAUGCAACUGUGUAA